AUGCCGUUAAGCGUAUUUGAGAAGUCUGGUUUCCUUAACGAGGUCGGUGCGGCCAUUCACGUAGCACCCAAUGCCACUCGUAUCCUGAAGGCAUGGGGAUGCAAGUUGGAUUGGCUUCAACCUGUUCACUGCGAGACAUUGCAAAUCUGGGAUGCGAAAGGAAAUCACAUACGCACGCCCAUCGUUACGAGGGAGCAUCAGCGUACUCUGAAUGUGCAUGAUGAAUGGGUACUGACCCAUAGGGUGGAUUUGCACAAUGUCCUGCGUGCCAUUGCCGCCCAAGAGAUUGACGGCCGCAAGGAUGCGGAGGCAGGUGAGGUUGUUCUAGAGGAUGGCACCAAAUACACUGCCGACCUGAUCGUAGGCGCUGACGGCAUCCAUUCUCGUUCGGUCCACGGCAUUGUGGGAGCCGACAGGGGCAGCGUGAGUACCGGACAGAAUUGUUACCGAUUUUUGGUACCCGUCCACAAAAUGCGAGAUAACCCACUCACGGCCGAUCUCCUCGCGAGAAUUGGUCUCAACGGGGUUCAUGUCUUUGCGACCCAGGACCGGCGUCUUGUGAUGUACCCUUGCCGCAGAGGCGAGUUACUCAACGUGGGUGGAAUCUUCCCGUCUGCGUCGAAGACGCAGGCCGAGAAUGAUGCCGUAUGGCACAACGCAGGGAGUCUCAGCCAGCUGCUGGAAACAUUCCACGAGUUUGGCGAGGAGCUACAAGAAAUGUGCCGCAUGGCAGAGGACGUGAAGCUGUGGAGUCUGGCAUCUCGUAAUCCGGCGCGUAUUUUCUUUCGCGGCAAGCUCGCUGUGAUUGGCGAUGCCGCGCAUCCCAUGCUUCCUCACCAGGGCCAAGGCGCUGCACAGGCCCUUGAGGAUGCGGCAGCUCUUGCCGGAGUGAUGACCGCGGACACGACUGUAGAUCAGAUUCCGCAGCGUCUAGAGCUUUACAAUGAACUGCGGUAUGCGCAUGCGGUGACAGUCAUGAUGAUGUCAAGGAUCAACGAUGAGCGACGGGGAGAGAUGCUGGAUGAACUCCGUCGGUACGUUCCCAACGCGGAGCUGCCGCACGAGAUGUUUGAAUAUACUUGGCCAUCAGAUCCUAUGAAGAAGGCAGCCCACCUCGUGGCAACUGCUUCUUGA